GGGACAUGACAUCAGUCAGAAUCACACUAAGGGGACAUGACAUCAGUCAGUAUCACACUAAGGGGACAUGACAUCAGUAUCACACUAAGGGGACAUGACAUCAGUCAGUAUCACACUAAGGGGACAUGACAUCAGUCAGUAUCACACUAAGGGGACAUGACAUCAGUCAGUAUCACACUAAGGGGACAUGACAUCAGUCAGUAUCACACUAAGGGGACAUGACAUCAGUCAGUAUCACACUAAGGGGACAUGACAUCAGUCAGUAUCACACUAAGGGGACAUGACAUCAGUCAGAAUCACACUAAGGGGACAUGACAUCAGUCAGUAUCACACUAAGGGGACAUGACAAUAGUAUCACACUAAGGGGACAUGACAUCAGUAUCACACUAAGGGGACAUGACAUCAGUAUCACACUAAGGGGACAUGACAUCAGUCAGUAUCACACUAAGGGGACAUGACAUCAGUAUCACACUAAGGGGACAUGACAAUAGUAUCACACUAAGGGGACAUGACAUCAGUAUCACACUAAGGGGACAUGACAUCAGUAUCACACUAAGGGGACAUGACAUCAGUAUCACACUAAGGGGACAUGACAAUAGUAUCACACUAAGGGGACAUGACAUCAGUAUCACACUAAGGGGACAUGACAUCAGUAUCACACUAAGGGGACAUGACAUCAGUAUCACACUAAGGGGACAUGACAUCAGUAUCACACUAAGGGGACAUGACAUCAGUAUCACACUAAGGGGACAUGACAUCAGUAUCACACUAAGGGGACAUGACAAUAGUAUCACACUAAGGGGACAUGACAUCAGUAUCACACUAAGGGGACAUGACAUCAGUAUCACACUAAGGGGACAUGACAUCAGUAUCACACUAAGGGGACAUGACAUCAGUAUCACACUAAGGGGACAUGACAUCAGUAUCACACUAAGGGGACAUGACAUCAGUAUCACACUAAGGGGACAUGACAUCAGUAUCACACUAAGGGGACAUGACAUCAGUAUCACACUAAGGGGACAUGACAUCAGUAUCACACUAAGGGGACAUGACAAUAGUAUCACACUAAGGGGACAUGACAUCAGUAUCACACUAAGGGGACAUGACAUCAGUAUCACACUAAGGGGACAUGACAUCAGUAUCACACUAAGGGGACAUGACAUCAGUAUCACACUAAGGGGACAUGACAUCAGUAUCACACUAAGGGGACAUGACAAUAGUAUCACACUAAGGGGACAUGACAUCAGUAUCACACUAAGGGGACAUGACAUCAGUAUCACACUAAGGGGACAUGACAUCAGUAUCACACUAAGGGGACAUGACAUCAGUAUCACACUAAGGGGACAUGACAUCAGUAUCACACUAAGGGGACAUGACAUCAGUAUCACACUAAGGGGACAUGACAAUAGUAUCACACUAAGGGGACAUGACAUCAGUAUCACACUAAGGGGAGUCAGGGGACAUGACAUCAGUCAGUAUCACACUAAGGGGUCAUGACAUCAUCUUUGUCGUCACCUUUUUUCUGCCUGCCCAAUCAGAAGCCUGUGUGUGAUGACCAAUCACAGGAAAGAACAACAAACACCAGGGAAUCAGCAAACUGACCAUCCCUCUCCGCCACAGGCUCCAAACCCCAGACCCUCAGACCAGACCUGUGUUAUGUAGUGAUAUGGAAUGGAGUCCAGUACAACCAGGACCAAUAGUUAAACACAGACUCUCAGACCAGACCUUAAACACAACUUUAACAUUGGUGGAGCAAAGAGUAAUAUCUGCUUCAUAAGCACAUCAAAGGUCUGCUGUAGCUGUAAAGGGAAAAGCGUUGACGCGUUUCAACCCUCAAUAAGACAAAUUCUAAUGAGUGUGUUUGGAGGAACCAUCUCCACACGUACAGCAGAUAACAGUUGUAGGCAAAAUAGUGUGUGUGUGUGUGUGUGUGUGUGUGAGCAAGAUCAGUCGGCUUAUUUGCUAUUUAAAAGGACCUCAGUCAAUGGCCAGGAGGCAUGCAAAUGAAGAGAUACAAUACAGGUGUAUGUUUGUUUGAGUGUGCGUGUGUGUGUGUGUGUGUGUGUGUGUGUGUGUGUGUGUGUGUGUGUGUGUGUGUGUGUGUGUGUGUGUGUGUGUGUGUGUGUGUGUGUGUGUUUACGUGUAUUUGUGUGUGUGAGAGAGGAAGAUAAUCAGUAUUUAAUGGUUAAUAAGUAGGCAACAACAUGUGCCAUAAAUGAUGACUCAUGUUUCCCAUCGUCUGUCCUAUCCAACAGAGAGUUAAAGCACCGUCCAUGCACUUCAAGUAUAAUAAUUAGUUAUUUGUUCCUAAUUAAAGAAAACGCCUCUAGCUACAUGAUUGGUCCAAACAAAUAUGAAGUGAAAGAGAGAAAAUCCCCAGAUCACAGCUGGUAAAUGUUCUGCUGUUAUUAAUAUGACCUUAAUAUUACCACAUCGGCUAUUACUCCUCAUUACCACAUGAGCCCACAGCGACGAGGCCUCAGUGUAAGGCAGUGUGGAGCACAUCGACUCACAAGCACAGACAAAGGACUCUGAGGACAUCUAAAUGGGUUUACUAUGUUUAGAUAAGACAAAGGGGUUUACACAACAAGAGAACAAAAUCACGAUGACAUUCAAAAACAGUUUUGCAGUUAACUCCAGGAUUCCAUAAUGCCUUUUCCAUGAUUUCAGUCUCAGUUCUGCAAAAGGAGAAACAAGCUCACCUUGAAAGAGUAGACUAUUGACCAGCGGGGAGAGGUUGGAGUGGAUGGUGAGGAUAAAGAUGUUCUGGUUCAGAAGGAUAUUCAGACAGGGGGAAGGCAUAUUUAUAAAUCCGGUAUUUCAGAAGCGUCCGGGCAUCCUAUUUAUGUUGUAAGAAUUCUUUGAGGUGGAGGCAUAUCUCUUAAAGCUUCUGGGGAUUUCCCCUCCAGAGAUCCAUGAAUCAUUAACGCAAGGGGCAGUACAUUAAAGAGUCUGGCCGGUACAUUAAAGAGCCGAUAGUAGUAAAGGGAUGUAGUCAAAUAUAAACUUUGAAUUGGUUUUCUGCAUGAGAAUGGACCUACAAUCAUCCUGAUGAAUCCAUGUGAAACCACAACACAAUACAUGUAUUAAUAUCAUGUAUUUAGCAUAUCAUAAACUCAGCCACGUUUUUGUGUGUCUGCGCAUGCACGUUUGUGUGUUUGUGUGUGUGCAAAGAGUGUGUUUGUGCCGCUGUUUGUGUGUCUGUGUGUGUGUGUGUGUGUGGGUAAGCAAGCGAGGUGUGUGUGCAAUCUGUGUGUACUAAGUGCUUAGUGUAGUGUGUAUUGGGUAACCUAACACUACCAGUGGAAGGGUUGUGAGUUGGUCCCCAGGUUUACACUUACCAUAAGGGCACAUUCAUUCCCCAUUGAUUAACAAGUGGACAAAGUAAUUAGUAAUUAGCAGGAUUAGGGUCGUAGGGUUUAGAGUCAUUUAAUAGGGUUAGGGUAAUUAAAUGACAAUUAAUGCAAUUAAUGUGUCAAUUAAUACCUCUGAACAUGAACACUGUGGAUAAUGAUUACUUUUAGUUAACUUUUAAUUAACGUUUGGUGUUGAUACUUAUUACUGCCUUAAAUAAUGGUAUUAAUGUCCGCUUAUCUUGAAGUGCUAAAUAUCUAAAGAGCCGGUGAACAGGGGUUCUGAUUGUUGGCUUCUGAUGGUGACCUUUCACUGUCUGUUGGUUCCGCUCCCUCCUGACUUCCCUCUCCCUCCAGUCUCAGAUUACCAUCAGAGCCAUCAGCCCGGCUGCGGUUACCGCGGGAACCAUUCCAAUGGUUUUAUUUCCUCCAGAAUCCUCAUGAAACGUCCCAGUUAGGUUGCUAGUUGAAUCAUUAAUGUGUGAUUGUAUCUUUAUUGUGUACUUUUGCUUAUUUUAUUACGAUAUAAUGGCAGGCCUGUCAGAGAAGUUACUCGUCAAGUUGGUCACCGUGCAUGUGCCAAGCAGCCCACACACACACACACAGCACAUGCAAACGCACACAUACACCGUACACACACAGACACACACACACGAACACCGCAAUCACACGCGCACGGACGCAGACGGUGCAAGACCACGGCAAGAUCGAGAUUACAGCCCCGCCGUCGACCUACUCUCCAAGCUGAGUCGUUCUUUCUAAAGACUAGACUUUUUUGCUAAACAUAAUUUUUUUUUAUAUUACUUGCCUCCUUGAGCAUCACGCAAUGUCUUGCAUAUUGAUAUCUCAGCUCCGGCUGUAUUAACGGCCCCGCCGUCGAAACACUCUCCCAGGUAAGACUGUAUGCCUAUAGACUGUAGAAAUUGCGAUCAAAGAAUUGAAGAAACAAUUUCUCACGUCGACAACACAUCGGCGUGUUGUUCAUUGAAUCAUAUAAAACCAUUAGAUUCACAGCCGAUCGAGACAGUGUCCUUAUGCAGAACGAAAAUAAAUGUCAAUAACACAGUUUGGGAAAUGAUGUCUGCAGAGUCCACCAAAGGACUGCACUUUGUGGCUAAAAUGUAAUAUUACUCCCCUCCUUGAGCCUCCCGAAAUGUCUUCACACUUUGUUGCUCAAAAUUGUAUAUUACUCUACCCCUUGAUAUUGAAAAACCUCCUCCCCCUGCUGACCGUUCUAGUCGUUUUAUUUUACUAAUGUGUGUAGGCCAUGUGUGACUGUAGGCUACUGCUGCCCGUCUUGGCCAGGACACUUGAGAAGGAUAUUUUUAAUCUCAAUUCCGUCUUUUUCGGGUUAAAAAAAUAAAUCUCUCAAAUCAAUGUACAAUCCGCAAUCUUGAACACCCCUUAACCCCACGUUGAUUCUACUGUUUUCUGAGCGACAUCGAUGUCUGCAUAUACAUGAAAUGCAUCAAUCGGAAUCACGAAAAUGCCGAGGACUUUGUUACAACCUGGCUCAACGGUUGUAACAUUGAAGGGGAGGCCACACAUAGUCUUGUAUGAACAUAACGAAUUUAUUAAAGAAUACCGUGAACAACCAAACGUAAAAGAAACGAAGGAUCAGGCUGCAUGCCAGGGAGGAGAGGGAGUCACUUGAUCAGGGCUGCUUUAUAGGCUCCUGAGCCAAGCCUGCUCAGGUGAGCUGCAUCUCGUUAGGUGAUGUGGCUCCACCAACCAGCUCCCUGCAAGACAGAACACACCGCAACAAACACCACAACACAAAGGCAACCCUGUGGCCGUCACAACUUAAAAUGAUUAUGCUUGCUUCAUAACGUAAAGAGAAAAUUAUUAUGCUUGCUUCAUAACAUAAUAGGUGAACCAAAAUGUUAUACGUUGUAACAUAGGCAAAAUGUUGAUGAUUAUAUUAUGCGCUCAGCAAUUUGUUAGAUUAUCGACUGGGUUUUCCACAUUAUAGCUAUGGGUUUGAUUACAACUAGUAAUUCUAGUUCUCUCGUUGUUUCUAUUUUCCUGCUCAGUGAGUCUAGAGAAUGUCGUUGAUUAGAGCUUCUCUGUGUGCAUUGAGAAACAAAUCUCUUGCAUCAGAACCAGAACCAGACCAAGAUCAAGAACCAAAACCAGAGACGGAACCAGGAACAUAACCAGAACCAGAACUAGAACCAGAACCAGAACCAGAACCAGAACUAGAACCAGAACCAGAGACAGAACCAGGAACAGAACCAGUACCAGGAAUAGAACCAGAGACAGAACAAGAAUCAGAGACAGAAUCAGAACCAGUACCAGGAAUAUAACCAGAACCAGAGACAGAACCAGUACCAGGAAUA